CGAACACUACUGGCUACCUCUGCUCUUUAUCUCCGCUCUGCUCGUCGCUCUCCCGCAGGCUGCGUGGCUCUCCGAGAACAAAAACGAUCACGAACUAAACUUUAUUUCACCGUUUUUCACGCGAUUAACCUCGAAGCUCGCGACGGAGACAGAUGGCUCAACCGUUUCUCGACAGUUUAGGAGACGGUGCUGUGUCGAUUUUGGGAGGUGGAUUUGUUUAAAUUGUGCCGCAACUUCAGACAGAAUCAGCGACGGAACAAGUUGUAGCCGAGAUAAAGGAAUCCGGAUCAGCUCUGCGCCUGUUAAGGUCCAAGUCAAGAUGUCUGUCAGUAACCACGAAAACAGAAAGUCUCGCUCCAGUUCCGGCUCCAUGAAUAUCCAUCUCUUCCACAAGACGUCCCACGCCGACAGCCUGUUGACUCAGCUCAACCUGUUACGCAAACGAAAAGUCUUCACAGAUGUUGUCCUGAAGGCCGGAAACCGGUCCUUCCCCUGCCACCGCGCCGUCCUGGCCUCCUGCAGCAGAUACUUUGAGGCCAUGUUCAGCGGCGGGCUCAGGGAGAGUCGGGACGCCGACGUCAACUUCCACGACUCUCUCCACCCGGAGGUGCUGGAGCUCUUGCUUGACUACGCCUACUCUGCCCGGGUCAUCAUCAACGAGGAAAACGCUGAAUCGCUCCUGGAAGCUGGCGACAUGCUUCAGUUUCACGACAUCAGGGACGCGGCGGCGGAGUUUCUCGAGAAGAACCUCCACCAGUCGAACUGUCUGGGGAUGAUGUUGCUGUCGGACGCCCACCAGUGCCAGAGACUGUACGAGCUGUCGUGGAGGAUGUGCCUGGCCAACUUUGCUACUCUCUUCAAGACAGAGGACUUCCUCAGCCUCCCGAGAGAAAAAUUCAAGGAGCUGAUCCUCAGUGAGGAGCUGGAGGUGGAGGACGAGAGCCUGGUGUACGAGGCGGUCAUCGACUGGGUGAAGGCCGACAUGGAGCACAGGCACAGCGAGCUGCCCGAGCUGCUGCGCUGUGUCCGCCUGGCGCUGCUCCCUGAAACGUACCUGCUGAAGAACGUUGCCUCCGAGGAGCUGGUGAUGUGUCACAAGGUGGGCCGGGAGAUCGUCGAAGACGCCGUGCGGUGCAAAAUGAGGAUCCUCCAGAAUGACGGUAUCGUGACGGGGUUCUGUGCCCGGCCCAGGAAAGUUAGCCAGGCCCUGCUGCUGCUGGGAGGACAGACGUUCAUGUGUGAUAAAGUCUACAUGAUCGACAACAAGACCAAGGAGAUCACCCCAAAAACAGACAUCCCCAGCCCCAGGAAAGAGUGCAGCGCCUGUGCUAUUGGCUGCAAGGUUUAUGUUACUGGAGGACGUGGCUCUGAAAACGGGGCCUCCAAAGACGUCUGGGUCUACGACACAUUACACGACGAGUGGUCCAAAGCUGCACCGAUGUUGGUGGCCAGAUUCGGACACGGCUCUGCGGAGCUCGACCACCAGCUGUUUGUCGUGGGAGGACACACUUCUCUUGCGGGAUCCUUCCCUGCAUCUCCGUCUGUGUCUCUCAAACAGGUGGAGCAGUACGACCCCCAGACCAAUAAAUGGACCCUGGUGGCUCCGCUCAGAGAGGGGGUGAGCAACGCCGCCGUCGUCGGUGCCAAAAACAAACUCUUUGCCUUCGGGGGCACCAGCGUAAACAGAGACAAAUACCCCAAGGUGCAGUGUUUCGACCCGUGCCAGAACCGCUGGUCCGUGCCUGCAGCCUGUCCGCAGCUGUGGCGCUACACUGCAGCGGCUGUGGUCGGCAACCACGUUGUGGUGAUCGGAGGCGACACCGAAUUCUCCGCCAGCUCCGCUUACCGGUUCAACAGCGAGACGUACCAGUGGUCGAAGUUUGGCGACGUGACAGCCAAACGGAUCAGCUGCCAUGCCGUGGCAUCAGGAAACAGACUGUAUGUGGUCGGAGGGUACUUUGGGGCUCAGAGGUGCAAGACACUAGACUGUUACGAUCCAUCGUCAGACUCUUGGGACAGCGUGACCAGUGUGCCCUACUCGCUCAUUCCCACCGCCUUCGUCAGCACGUGGAAGUACCUCCCAGCGUAGAGGGAGACGCACUGACUCUUUGAGGUUUCUACGAUCAGCCAUGGUGUCUGGUGUGCAGGCAUGUGUCCCCCUUCACUGGCUGCACAGAGGCGGACAAGGAGGAGGAGUGAAGAGUUUGUGUGUUCCUGCUGUGGCUCCAUCCAGGCUGAUUCACAUUAUCAUCAGCUGCAGAGGCAGUCCUGGAAACCGCCCAGAGACUGGAAGUCUGAGCCCCCCCCCCCCCCCACCUGAUCUGUUUACUCAUACUUCUUGUGUGACUUUCCCAUGUGGACACAAGCCUGAGCUGGACUCGUUGCCAUGUACACUGCACAGACUUCACAGUCGUCUGUAUAUAACGUGGGAAGCACAGACAGGAAAUGGACGGAUGGGGUAAAUGUGUGGUCUGGGCAUCUUUUCUCUUUCCACCUCCUGGGGAGAAUCUGCUCAGUCGACUCGCUCCAUCAUCCAACAUGCGUGUCACCUCGCCAGUAGAUUACCAUUUUAAGGACGUCUAAGUGUCUCUGUUACUGACAUGUUUUACGGUCAAGCGUGCUGUCCUGUUUUAUUGUGGUUUCUCUUCUCCCCACCUGACACUGGGCGUUUACUCAGGUGUAAUUUAUUUGGAUCGUGAUAGGCUGAAUUAGACCUUUGCUAUGCCAGGCGUACAGAGGAAGGACAGAAGACAUUUGGGGAAGUGUAUGAUUUUGUGCACAGAAAACAAUCCCGUCUGUAUUUUUAGACCUUGGACUCGGGCUUCCCUCAAUUUUGGGCGAGCUAAAUUUGCAAUGUCCUCCUUGACCUAAAAUAGACACUCGCAAGAGAGAAUGUGGCCCGUCACGGCUGAAGAAGAUACUUUUCUGUUUCAGACUAUGAUUUUUGUCAUAUUUUUUUUCCUAUGUUUUGUGUCUCAGGGUUUUGUAUAGUUUUGCUUGUAUUUGUUCAAGGAAGGGUGACAUGUUUGUUUUCUGUCUUCUUUGUUCUAAAAAGUUUUUUUUUGUGAAUGUAUAAUUUUGUGAUUUUUACAGAACUGUCGUUAUAUUGUUUUGCCAAGUGAAAAUGCAUGAUUACUUAAAGGGUAGCACUGCCAAUUUGACAGAUUAAAGCGUGUUUACAGGUCUUGGGGAGUUAUAAAUUACCUACAUUAGGCCUACAUUACCCACAAUGCAACCUAGCCACAUUGGACGUCUCUGGAAGGAAAUUGUUACAUGAUUACUGUAGCAACAUGGACGCCAAAAAGUUGUUUCCUGUAAUUUUAGUGACGAGGAAACGGUACAAUGACAAUGUACAAUACACGACUUCGCUUAAAGUUUCUCACCAUCAUCCGAAUGUUUACUUUUAUCCACCAUGUUUCAGCGUCAUAUGACACCAACUCAGCAAAUCUCGUACCAAAAUGUCUCCCAACUGUCUGGACUUUUGAAAAUGUUGAUAAUUCCGACAGCACAUGAACUCACCGUGCAUGCAGCUUCUCCUCUGGAGCCACGACAGGCUUUAUACUUGUGUCUCACAUAUGUAGUAGUGAGUACUCACCCAAGACCUGUAAACACCCUUUAAUGUGUAAAACGGGGGGAGUUAACACUUAACUAGUAGUGGUCACAUUUAAAACAUAUUGCCAAAACAUGACUAGCUAACCUUUAGUGUCGUUCUGGAAAAACAAAAGCUAAAUGUGUCCAAAGUAGUUAACAAAUACUUUGUGGCUCUAAUAUUAUUUUUUUCAUUUUGUAUUUCAGGAUGUUUGUCGGAAGUCUUUUUCUGUGUGUAUAGUUUGUAUAUUUUCUUUGUAAUUGAUUUGUAGAAGCCUUUGAUUUUGCACAAUUUGUACAAACAAAAUCUCAUGACGGUCUUAAUUUUGUAUCUUUGUCUUAACCCAGCUCGGGUAGUGUGAAUAAUCAAAGCCUUUUUGUAGCAAAUUAUCAACUUUUUCUCUUUUCUCUUCAUUCGCUCUGUGUGCAAGUCUGCAGUUUCCCCAGUAUAUCGAAGUAUACAUCGGAUAUACUGAUAAGCUAAGCUCUUACUAAUGAACUCUGUUACUUCAUGUUGUACGGCUCCAAACUCGUCAAUAAAGAUUUUGUUGAAAACAGGAAAA